AUGCUCUUUGCGACUCGGUCCGUACUGCCUUCCCUGUCAAGACACGUUUCGGCAGCGCUUCGAUCUUCCACCCCGCUUCCGCAGCCCUCACAGACCAGCUUCACCUUGUCGUUGCGCACCAUGUCCAACGUCGUGCCCGGUGUCACACCGGAUGCUCCGGCCCCCUCCGCGGUCUCGAAUCGUCCAGAGGUCAAGCGCGAUGCGCACCCCUUCUCUCGUGGCCAGCUCGAGGGUCUCAUGACGAAACGAUUCUUCUACAUCCAGGCUUUCGAGAUCUACGGUGGUGUCGGCGGUCUGUACGACUACGGCCCUACCGGUGCCGCUCUCCAGGCCAACAUCAUCAACCAGUGGCGUAACCAUUUCAUCAUCGAGGAGGAGAUGCUCGAGCUCGACACCACCAUCAUGACGCUGGCGGACGUGCUCAAAACUUCCGGACACGUGGACAAGUUUGCCGACUGGAUGUGCAAGGACACCAAGAACGGCGAGAUCUUCCGUGCUGACCACCUCGUAGAGGGUGUGCUCGAAGCUCGUCUCGAAGGUGACAAGCAGGCGCGCGCCAAGGAAGCCGGCGAGACGGUCGCCGUUCCCGCCGAAGCAGCUGGUGGCGACGAAAAGAAGAGCAAGAAGAAGAAGGUCAAGUCUUCGGCGGUCAAGCUCGACGAUGCACUUGUGGAAGAGUACACUUCGACGCUUGCUCAGAUCGACAACUUUGACGGGAAACAGCUCGGCGAGCUCAUUCGAAAGUACGAGAUUCGCUCGCCCGAGUCUGGCAACGAGGUGUCGGAACCUAUCGAGUUCAACCUCAUGUUCGAGUCUUCCAUCGGCCCUACGGGACAGGUCAAAGGCUACCUGCGUCCCGAAACGGCUCAGGGCCACUUUGUCAACUUCCAGCGUCUCCUAGAGUUCAACAACGGUCGCGUCCCCUUUGCCAGUGCGCAGAUCGGCAAGUCGUUCCGUAACGAGAUCAGCCCGCGUGCCGGUCUGUUGCGCGUGCGCGAGUUCACCAUGGCCGAGAUCGAGCACUUUGUCGACCCGGAAGACAAGAACCACGAACGCUUCGACGAGGUCAAGGACAUCAAGGUCCCCCUGCUCGCCAAGGACGUCCAGGAGUCCGGAAAAACCGACAUCACCAUCAAGACCAUCGGCGAGGCCGUAUCCGCCGGCAUCAUCGACAACCAGACGCUUGGCUACUUCAUCGGACGCAUCUACCUCUUCCUCGUCAAGAUCGGCAUCGACGCUACGCGCCUUCGAUUCCGACAGCACAUGAGCAACGAGAUGGCGCACUACGCCAGCGACUGCUGGGAUGCCGAGAUCCACACGUCGUACGGCUGGAUUGAAUGUGUCGGAUGUGCCGAUCGCAGCGCGUACGAUCUGACGGUGCACAGCAAGCGCACCAAGAAGGAUCUGGUGGUGCAGAAGGCGCACAAGGAGCCCAAGGUGUACGAUGCGUGGGUGCCGACUAUUGUCAAGAAGAACAUCGGACCCAAGUUCAAGAAGGACGCCAAGUUGGUCGAGGAGGCGAUCCUCGAGAUGAACCAGAAGCAGCUCGAGGAGCUGCAAAGCAAGCUCAAGAACGGAUCGGCACCACUGAGUGUCUGCACCGGGCAGACGUUCGAGUUGACGACGGACGUGGUGACGGUUGAGAUGAAGACGAUUCGAGAGACGGUGCGCGAGUUUACGCCGAACGUCAUCGAGCCGUCGUUCGGUAUCGGACGAAUCUUCUACUCUCUGCUGGAGCACAGCUUCUGGACGCGUGCCGAGGAUCAGGAUCGCGGCGUUCUCAGCUUGCCACCCCUGGUCGCGCCCAUCAAGGCAUUGAUCGUGCCCAUCAGCUCCAACGAGAAGCUGGCGCCGCUGGUCAAGCAGGUGAGCCGCAAGCUCCGUUCCGCCGGCGUCGCAUCGCGUGUCGACGACUCGAACGCCAGCAUCGGACGACGCUACGCGCGGAACGACGAGCUGGGCACCCCCUUCGCCUGCACGCUCGACUUUGCCAGUCUGAGCAAGGGUACCAUGACGCUGCGAGAACGCGACUCGACGGCUCAGAGGAUCGGCGCGAUCGAUCAGGUGAUCGACGUGAUCCGACAGCUGUGCGACGGCAGUUUGGAUUGGGAGAAGGCUUGCAAGAUCUUGCCCGAGUACUCUGGACAGCAGGAUGUUGAUGCUUGA